AUGACAUUAGCUUCAAGAAGACGUGAGUUAAGAGCUGCGAUAAGGGAGAAUAUUAGACAGACAGAGAAUGCCGACGAAGAUGCUAUCAAUAAACAAAUUGACGAAGAGCUUAAUAAUCAGUUACAACAAGAUGCAAAUAAUCAUGGCGCAACUACCAAUCAUGCAGACGAUGCUACCAAAAUCAAAUUAGAAUAUGAUGAACACCAUCAACAUGAUGCAGGUGAUGAUGUUGAUGAUGGCGAUGAUAGUGGCAGAGAUGACGAUUUUGCCCCUGCCGCUGGCGAAGAAGACGAUGAAGAGGACGAGGAUGAGGAUGAAUAUUUUGAUAUUGGGGAUGAAGAGUAUGAUACAUCAGCUAAACGUGGUAGAAAAGGUAGCAACAGCACUAACAAGAGAGCUAAAACUGAAUCGGGACUCGAAACUAGUCCAGGUGGCGUACGUCCUCAAACAAGAACCAUUUUUAAAGACAUUGAUAAUCCCAAUUCGUUAAACUGUGAAGUUUGUAACCAAGAAUUUAGGAAUGUUAUUGAUAAGAGGAACCAUAGAAGAACGCAUACCCAACCUAAAAAGUUUGAAUGUGCUACCUGUGGUAAAAAAUUUAGCCAAAAGGCUAAUUUGACUAUUCAUGAAACUCAUGUGCACCAUGAUUUAGUCGUUGAUGAAGCUUUGAAAGAUGCUGCUGCUGCCGCCGCCGCCGCUGCCGCCGCUGCACAUGCAGAAAAUGCGCCAAAUACAUCUAACUCCGAGACUACAUCACCCAAUACUACUACCAAUUUGGACUUGCCAGAGGACACCAACGCUGAACAUAGACAUUUGUUGCAACAACAACAACAGCAACAUGACUUGGCGCAGCAGCAUGCUCGUCAACAACAAGAUCAUUUACAACAACAGUUGGCACAACACCACCUGCAACAACAGUUUGAAUCGCAUGUGGUUGAUGACAAUGUCAAUGUGUUUGCUGGUGGCACUAAUGAUCCAACAAAACAACCACCCCAUGUUGAUUUAAAAGACGUUCGAGUCCACCACUGUAAUGCCUUCAAAUGUGGCAAGGGAUUCAUUUCUUACGAAAAGUUAAUGGAGCACAUUGAUACCGAGCAUAAUGGUAGAGCUGGUGUAUCACCUCAUCAUCAGCAUCACGAGCAACAGAGCGGUGGUGCUCCUAUCUUUGACCCUAAUGAUCCUAAUGGAGCAGCACAAGCAGCCGUUUUAGCUGCAGCCACUGCCAAUGCUCACGCACAUGGACAAGUACAUCCUCAACACCAGCCAACAACUAGUACUACCAUUCCUCGCCAGAGAAGAAAACGUGACCCUGCAUUACAGCAAGCCAAAACUCACCAUUGUACUUAUGAAGGCUGUAACAAGGCAUUUGCCAAAGUUUCUGAUUUGACGAGACAUAUUAGGAUCCAUACUGGCGAGCGUCCUUAUGUGUGUCAACAUUGUGGGGCUUCUUUCAACCAGAGGUAUAGAUUGACUACUCAUGUCAGAAUUCAUACUGGAGAAAAACCAUUUAGUUGUAAAUAUUGUGGCAAGACAUUCGCAAGAGGAGAUGCAGUACAAUCACAUAUUUUCUCGAUACAUAGAGCCAAAGGUGAAGCUUUUUGA